AUUAUUGAAUCUAAGGACGCGCAUAAAGCUACAAAAGUGGAAGGACAAAGAGGAAAGUCUUUAGAUUUUCCGGGAGCGAGAACGACGGGUCCCAAAUCGCAGCCAACUCCUGGUUCAAAUGCUGCUACUGUUGUUGAUAGUGCAAGAUGGACACCUCCGUACAAUCGUUCACGAUAUACAGACGAAAAUGAGUUGGUUUUCCGACGAGUUCGAGGGGUUCUUAACAAACUAACACCAGAUAAAUUUGACAAGUUGUUUUAUGAUCUACUAAAUGUUGGCAUCGAGACAAAGUACAUCUUGAAGGGAGUUAUUCUGUUGUUGUUUGAGAAAGCUCUAGAUGAACCGAAGUACAGUUCCAUGUAUGCCCAGCUGUGUCUGCGGCUCAGCGAAGAGGCGCCAAAUUUUGAUGAUCCUGGAAAAACUGGCAAUUCAACAUUCCRACGUUUGCUGCUCAAACAGUGUGAAGAAGAGUUUAACAACAGAUCCAAGGCUAGUCAAGCUUUUGAUAAGAAAGAUGGCCCAUUCACACAAGAAGAGGAAGAGCAGAGGUCUAACACCAAAAGGAAAAUGUUGGGCAACAUCAGGUUUAUUGGUGAGCUGGCAAAGUUUGACAUACUGCAUGAAACUAUCCUACAUAAAUGUAUUAAACAGUUAUUGGACAAAAAGAAACGUGCAUCUGUGGCCGACACGUCGGAAGACAUGGAAUGUCUCUGUCACUUGAUGAAGACAGUGGGACCAAGGAUUGAUGUGCACAAAGCCAAGCCAUUGAUGGACCAGUACUUUGAACGUAUCAAACAGAUCAUGAGCAGACCUGAUCUACCAUCAAGAAUACGAUUCAUGAUGCAAGACGUUCUAGAGCUAAGAGAACACAAGUGGAUUCCUCGUAAAGCAAUCCAAGAUGUUGGUCCAAAGACAAUCUAUCAAAUCAGGCAAGAGGCAUGGCAGGAUUUUGGUCACUCUGGACCAACACCAAUGAACAACCCACCCAUGCUGAGAAACUCCCCACCUCAUCAUACAAUGAACUGGCAAGGAAGACCAAACUAUGGAGCUAAAGUACCAUCCCAUGUACACGGACGUGGUCUGAAUGACGUGUUUAUUAGAGAGAAUGAAGAAAGAGGACUGUUUGACCAUGAAUAUGGUAAUGGAAAUGGUCCCGAUCCACAGCGGGGCUUUGGAUUAAGGUAUGAUGAAGAUGAUUAUGACAGCUUCACACCUAAAGAUCCCUGGGCUACCUUGGCAUCAAGUCACAGUCCACAGCGUGGGUCAUCUCCUAAUGCUUCUCCACCUGCCUCUCGUCAUCAACAUUACGGUAACAGGCGCCCUCUGACAAGACCAAGCCCUUUGAAUACUGAUGGUGAGAUAAGCCUUCGUCCAGCAAAGGAUUCUAUAGCUGCCAAGACUCUAGGGAUGGUAGGAAGAGCCGGGCAAAACCAAUCUAAACUGGGAAUUGUUACGUUAUUCGAGGUCAGUAAAAUGCUUGAUGGUGAAAAGUUCCUGCCGACAUUGCUCCUGGUGUUGAAGAAACUGGAACAAAUGAAUGGACAGAAGAUGAUGGAGAUGCUGGAUGAACAGAGCCUGUCRUUUCUGUUUCCACUGCUGAGGAUCCAAUCAGAACUGUACAAGAAGAUCGAAGAAGACCCUAAUUCCUCUAAUAUCUACAAGUGGAUCAAGGAAAACAUUGAUGUGUCACUUCAGAGCCAGCCGGAAUUUGUCAGUGUCCUUACCACCUGCAUCCUCAAGUAUGCUACCCAUGAYAGUACGAUGGGUAGAGGUGUAGACAAAACACAGUCCCCUGACAAAGACCUGGUUGAGAAGGAGAAAAGUGCCAUGAAAAAGAUCAAGCCGCUUCUUGACCAAUUUCUCCAUGAAAAGAUUGAUCUUCAGGUCAGAGCAUUGUAUUCUCUGCAAGUAUUCUGCCAUACUAAUUCUUUCCCAAAAGGACUUCUACUGCGCAUGUUCAUGCUGCUGUACGACUUGGAAAUUGUUGAAGAAGAAGCAUUUGUCAAGUGGAAGGAAGAUGUUAAUGAUGACUAUCCUGGCAAGGGAAGAGCAUUAUUCCAGGUCAACACAUGGCUUACCUGGCUUGAGACUGCAGAUGAAGAAGGAUCUGAAUCAGAACCAGAAUAGGAUUAAACGCCACCCGACUCUUUUCUGGAGGAAAAAACUCACUAACUAAAUCAUCUCUAGGUCAGAAUUUCUCAACCUCACUCUUUGUGAACGGAAAGCUGUUUCACCAUUAACCUAGUGGUAUGGAACUUCAAAUAURACCCCUGGGUUUAUGUCACACAACACUAUAGUAAUCUCGCGUGACACCUUUAGGCUUGCGUGAUAUCCACAGCCUUGGCCAGAUACUGUGCCUAUUUAUCAUUAAUAUAAUAAUCUUGUGCUGUGCAYGCUUGAAUUUUUUACUUUGCUAGGAGCAGAUUGUAGUCUAGUCUGGCAUUACUAUUGCAUCUCCAUCAUUGCUGAGCAGUGACAAGCAGUUUUUGCAGGGAGUGGGGAAUCAGCAAGAGAUCUAUUGAUCAUUCAUUAAGUUCUUUUGUGUAGCCAAAAAAACAUUCACCAAUCAAUUUCUGCCUUUUUUCCCUCAUUUUACAGUACCUAUCGAAAAAAACGUGGGCACCUAGAAAUAUUUCAAGUAUGUUUCUUAGCUAAUCAUUCGAGCRUGACUGUUAUCUUUCCRUUAUCUUGUGGUUAGAAAGUCAUUCCGAUAGAACAUUCCGGAAAUAUUUCUAGGUGCUYACGGCUUUUCGAUUAGCACUGUGAUUUAAGAAUUUUUUAUUUUAUUCUCUCUCAACUCGGCUAUUUUCCUUAUGCCCUGUCAAAGCCUUAAUUUUUUUUUUUAAAUAUCGGAGAGCAUUUUUUUGUUCCUCUUGGUUGUUACUAAAUCUUUAAUUUUUUUGAGCCCAGAACAAGUGAGCAUUAAUCUUAUAUAUCCACAGGACAAAAUUACUCUGUCUUAUUCAAUGAUAUACAGUGUUUUGUUCUGUGGUAGCAUUGCCCACUAUAGAUCGGRUGUACGAAAAUACAUUCGAAUGAUAGUGAGCAAGGGAAACAACUUUUCUGCUUGCCGACUCUUUACCUAACUUCAUGUCUUUCAAUUGCAAAUAACUAUACACAUUUAGCUAGACGUUCACGCCAUUAGGAAAUGCGCUUUACAGUUCACAACACGAGGUAAUCCCUAUUACGUUGAUCAACACUAGGGAAUCGCCUUCACAUUGAACAACUAAAGGGUAUCGCCUUUUCAGUGAACAACACGAGGGAAUUACCUUUACAUUGAACAACUAAAGGGAAUUCACUUUACAGUUAACGCGAGGAAACCCUUGAAGUAGAAUGCAUUGCUUUCAUAGGUCAAGGGGAAUCUUCAUCAAAAUAUUUCUGAUGUAAUUUUUUUAACAGUGCACCUUGCAUGGRAAUCCCCUUUAACUUAGAACGCAUGUUAAAUGCUUAGUGUUUGAUAGACAAUGGGCAAUCUCCGCUAAAAUAUUUUGAUGUAUUGCGUUGAAUGUGWAGAAAUGCUAGAGUGCAAACAAUAUAACCGUGAAACUUUAGUAAUACUAAAUAGCACAAUUUCUUGCAAAUUCCAUUGUUUUCUAUUGUUUAAUUAGCACUAUUUUGUACUAUUUAGUAAUUAGUGUUUCACGGAUUUAUUGUUUGCACUCAAAAGGAUAUUCAAUAAAGACAGGCAGUUAGCAAGCAA